GGUGGAGCCUGAACUGGCUACUAACUUCAUUACAGUAAAUAUUAUUAUGAGUUUAACUUGGAGUGAAUCUGACGUAAAUAAUCUAAUAAAGUUUGCAAAACAGUCUUUCAACAACAAUGAUCGGGCUAAUUUGGAAAAAUGUGUAAGAAACGGAUCUUGUUCGGAAUACUCUCCACAUUCAGAUUCUUUAAAGUUAGACAAAAAUCAAAAUAAUAAUUUUAAAAGGGGUGAAGAUGAUCUGGUUGGUCAACUGUUAGAUGACCUUUGGUCUUCUUAUGGUAAAAUUUCACUUUUUCUAGAAGAAGUCAUUGAAUCAGCAUCAGCUACAUACAGAAAUAUAGUCAAUAAAGGCGUAAAACAAGGCCUCUCUUUACCUUCAGAUUCUGAUUAUAACAUUGCUUUUCUCUCCUGGAAAAACCAGUUAAACAAAUAUUUGAAGCGAUAUGUAAUACAGCAACUUCAGAGUGAAUCCAUUAAAAUGUCCCGUCAAGGAUCCUUAUUUUCAUUAAAAAAUGAGUAUAAUAACUUCGACGGGGAAACAAUCAGUAAUUUGAUGUUCAACUCAUUCACAGUUGUAAACAAUUUUACUGGCCAAAGCUCCAAUGGCACCUUUAGUGAGUUAGAGUUUAUGGAAUACAACGGAUUAUUCAAGAGGGUUGAAAAGAGUACCGACCUGUUCUAUGAUAACUGUUUUGUUUUAUGGUUAAAUUCUUCCCAGUUGGACAAAACUAAACAUAAAAAUACUAAGAUGGUAUUGGAAAAAUUAUGUGAAAUACCUUACGAAUUGACGAAUAAAUGUAAAAUACUACUUCAAGUAAUAUCUUCUGUGUGCGUAACAUACAUGGAGGCCGGUAAAUCUUCAAUUAUGCCUCAUGUUGACGGAGAAAACAACGGCGUUCAAUUCACUUGUUUAUAUGUACCAAAAUCACCUCCAGACUCAUCAAUUGACAUAACAAUAAACCAAAAUACUCACACCGUAAACUUCCAAAAUGACCAACUGAUAAUACUUGGUAAAAAUGUGAAAUACGAGAUUAAAAAGGUAAAGGAAAAAUGCUUCAUAUUUAUGGCAUGGUUAACUGGUCCAGACUAG